UUCUGUGUAAAUGAGAGAGACAAAACCAUGUUCAUAUGGAGCGAGCCCAAAACUAGGUUGAUCUUUACAACAACACAUAUCACCUUUUAGGUGCUCCGGACAACACUGAAUACGUUUCUAAACCAAGUCUGCCUGCGAUUGAACAAAGGACAUGAGCAUUUCAUCAGUGAAGAGGAAAAAGGCAACCCGUAAAAGAAGUGAAAAGCCGGAGACAUGGGUAUGAAUGCGGUGUUUAUGAGAUUCACCGCCGCUUGGUUCCUUCUGGUAUUCCAUGGGCCUUACGUUCGACCAGAACUGUUUGAGAAGUUUUAUUUGGAACCAGUGAAUUUAGACGUGGACACUGGUCGUGUGGUCAAGAGAGUAAAUGAGCGUUUUCUUUCUGUGGCCAUCGAUGCGAGUCUGGUCGCCGAGGAGAAGUUCGUGUAUCUCUUAGCAUCUCCUAAACUGAAGACGUUAUCAAGUGCCCUGAGUCCUGGCUUUCUGCGAUUUGGAGGGACCAAACAGGAUUUUAUGACAUUCAACCCCCGCACUUACCACCAGGAAUAUCCCAGAAACUCGUAUGGUUAUCUUGGGGACACCUGUAAGAGACUAACACUUCCACCACUGUUGGAGGAGAACCUGAAGAAACAGUGGGCACUGCAGACACUUCUUUUGCAACAAGAGGAAUUGAAGGGAACGUACAAAAAUGUCCGGUUUACUGAGUAUGCUGUGGACCUGCUUCAUUCCUUUGCUAACUGCACUGGGUUAGACCUCAUCUUCGGCCUCAACGCUUUGCUCAGGACCAAGGGAAACUCCUGGAACAGUCAGAAUGCCAAGAUGCUUCUGGACUACUGUGAAUCGAGACAGUAUAACAUGUCUUGGGAACUAGGCAAUGAGCCCAACAGCUACCAAAAGAAGGCCGGCUUCAGGGUAGAUGGCUACCAGCUGGGUCUGGACUUUGACCAUCUCCGGAAGAUUCUGAGUAAGUCGAAACUCUACAAGUCCUCCGGGCUCUACGGCCCCGACAUCAGCCAGCCCAGAGACCACCGCCGGGAUCUGCUGGAGGGGUUUCUGGAAAGUGGAGCCGAGGCAAUCAAUGCAUGCACCUGGCAUCAUUACUACGUCAAUGGUAGAGAUACAUCACUGGAGGACUUUCUGGAUCCUGAUGUGCUUGAUAUGUUGGCCACGAAAACACAGGAAGUGCUUGAGACUGUAGAUCUGGUUUCCCCGGGGAAAAGAGUUUGGCUCGGAGAGACCAGCUCUGCGUAUGGUGGUGGAGCAUUGGGAUUAUCCGACACAUUUGCUGCAGGUUUCAUGUGGCUCGAUAAACUUGGCCUUGGUGCAAAGCUGGGAUUGGAUGUUGUCAUUAGACAAGUUCUCAUUGGCUCAGGAACCUAUCACUUGGUGGAUAACAACCUGGAUCCCCUCCCAGAUUAUUGGCUGUCUGUCCUCUAUAAAAAGCUUGUUGGCCCUGAGGUACUGAAUGCUUCGGUUCUCUCCACUCUCGGACCCAGAAGGCGACUACGAGUGUACUGCCACUGCACCAAUAAAAAAAGCGCCAACUACAAGAGAGGGGCAUUCACCUUGUUUGCCCUGAACCUCAGUAAGAGCACAGCUAAGAUCAAUCUGCCAUCACACCUCGCAAACAGCAGUGCGGAGGCCUUUGUUUUAGAGGCCCCCGAGGCUGGGGAGCAGGGGCUUCUUUCAAGGUCAGUGAAGCUGAAUGGCUUGGUGCUGAAGAUGGUCGACGACCAGACGCUGCCUGAACUCCAGGGCGUGCCACUUCACACAGGAGAUCCCCUCAGUCUGCCAGGAUUCUCGUUUGCCUUCUACGUCCUGAGUCAAGCACAAGCAGCAGCCUGCCACUGAGCGUUUGACUCACACACACACGAUGUGACCGGUACUGUUAACUGCAUACACACUGUGUUCUUAAGCAGGGAAAGAUUGUAUGAUGUUUGCCAUUUGUCAAUGCACUGUGAACUUGCCAAAGAUAACAGAAAAAUAUUUUGUAUAAUUAUAAAUGAUACAUUUUUGUACACAAAGCUGAUGUGCCACAGUGACUUUGGUGCCUAUCCACAGUUCUGACAGAGACCUGCACUAAUGGGUAGCUCUUCUCAUUUGCCUCAACUCAAGUUAUUUAAAACUCCAAGCUGUUUUUGCCAAAGUAAUUUUAUACCUAUCAUGCAGAUGAUGAAGAGAUGUUUACACUUCCUGCUGUACGUGUCCAUAAAGUUGACGAUUGGACAAUGUUAAA